GACUACUGAUCUUGAUCACCUGCCUGUGUCACUAUUCCUGACGCUUUGCGAACUGUACUCUCCGCUUUGUACUGCGUGCAGCGUUGCCGCUACUGCGCUUUGGACCAACCUCGAAGAAGAUGAAUACCCAGGCCGCCUCCAUGUCCCUCCACUCCACCAUGCCUCCGAUGCGGGACAACCCGGAAGACACCGUUGACGCCAGGAUGGUCAACAACCCGGAUGGGAGCAAUGGCCACGGGGGCAGAUUACUCAACCGCUAUCCCCAGCUCCUUGUAUGGAUACAGAAGUAUAUUGACGAAGGUGUGAAGCAAGCAAACAUGCCACAAGCCUUGUCUGACGACCACGGCGUAUCUACUAGUUUGAGGACUGUUGAGCGCUAUAUCAAGGAUUAUCAUCUGCGUACCACCCGUCAUCCGCAAGUCUCUGUCGAGGACCAGGGCGCUGCCAUUCUGGCCAUCACAGCGGAGGAUCCAUUGGGCACCUGGGGCGGCCGCAAAGUGAAGGAAAAACUGGGAUUGACAUCGAUACACAUUCCUCGCCGUUUCAUUGAUAUGUUCCGAGCUGCGCAUGACGCCAACGCUGCUGCUUUACGCAGACCUGGUGCGCGCAAGGUACACACUCGAGGAUUGUUUGCCUCCGGAUUGGACGAAGAGUGGUGCAUUGACGGGCACGAAAAGAUCCUGAACUCAAUGGGAAUCUCGGUCUAUGGCAUCAUCAACAAGUUCUCGCGACGUGAGCUGCUCCUUCGUGCUGUACCCGACUCGAGGACAGCAGAUGUACCACCUGCGUUAUAUCUCCAGCUGGUUCGUCAAUUGAAAGGUAUCCCUAUCCAGACCGUGACGGACAAAGGGAGCGAGACGGGCAAGUUGGCUGCACUUCAGACAUCGCUCAGGCAACUCCUCUAUCCCGACCUUAGUCUUGAAAUUGUUCCGGCACAUCGCUCUGUGAAAAGUGUGUACAAUAUCACAUGUGAACGUGGUUGGCGCCCAAUCUGGGAGAAAGAGCUUGCCAAUGUGAAGCACGAGUACGAAUCUGGCAAAGUUGCAUCUGGUUUUCAUCCUGAUAACCCAAUCCACGAGGGUGUAUGUCUUUGGCUCUGGGGCAGAAUUGUCCAGUUGCGGCUCGAUAAAAUCCAGUAUGAGAACGGGAUACACCGAGUCCGCAAGCAGGCCAGUCGACUCCUCCCCACUGGUGGACGAAUCAUCGACUUCUAUGAACAUCCUGAGCGGUACGGAGGUGAUAUGCAGCUGAUUUCAAUUGACGACAUCCAUCUGCCGCUCAUUGACCACCUCAUAGAAGAGCACUCACCUGCCGAGAAGCUUCAAUUUGGAAGUAAUGACAUGGUGGUUCUAUGCGAAGCAAUCUUUGCAGGAAUUGGAUCGCCGGAUGUAAGCGCGUUGAACGGCUGGGCUGUAUUCUCUCACAUGAUUGCAAAAUACAACGAAGUAUAGUAGUGUCCUUAGUUAUAGACAUCGAAUCAUGUUUCCCUUCAUGCAAAUGCUA